CCCCCAGCAAACUUGCAUACUGUAUUGGAGUCGGUGCUGGCACAGAAGUGGAGGGUGUUGUAGUUUUUUUUUCCAAAUAGUCACAGCUUACAUGGACAAACAACUCCGGACUGCAGCGCUGUCUACAUCACAGAUUGUACUGUCAAGCAUAUACACCAUAAAAGAUGACUUCGGUGCUUAAAAACAUCUUCAUAUAUUCAGCCAACAAAAUAACUCGCUCCAAUGGCUUACUUUGUGAUUUACACAACAUAAAACCAUCGUUAGGACUGAAAUCGCAUACAUUAAAUCUCAGCCCAUUCUCUACCCAACCCUCCAAUAACAAGGAUUCAUUUAGCUACAUCAUCAUUGGAGCUGGUUCAGCAGGCUGUGUAUUGGCCAACAGACUGUCUGAAAAUCCUGACAAUACUGUCCUGGUUUUAGAAGCAGGACCCAAAGAUCUGAUCUUUGGCUGUAAAAGGUUGUCAUGGAAGAUACACAUGCCAGCUGCUUUGAUGUAUAACCUAUGUGAUGAUAAAUUCAACUGGUUUUAUCACACUGAACCCCAGAAACAAAUGGACAACAGGGUGAUGUACUGGCCGAGAGGCAGAGUUUGGGGUGGCUCUUCCUCAUUGAAUGCCAUGGUUUAUAUUCGAGGACAUGCAGAGGACUAUAAUCGGUGGAGUGCCGAAGGUGCAACUGGUUGGGAUUAUGCUCAUUGUUUGCCGUACUUCAAGAAGGCCCAGACCCAUGAACUUGGACCUGAUGACUACAGAGGAGGCAAUGGACCACUGCAUGUCUCAAGAGGAAAGACCAACCAUCGUCUUCACAACACAUUUAUUGAAGCAGCCAAGCAAGCAGGCUACCCCUUUACUGAGGAUAUGAAUGGCUAUCAACAAGAAGGAGUUGGUUGGAUGGAUAUGACUAUAUACAAAGGUCAGAGAUGGAGUACGGCCAGCGCCUAUCUGCGCCCUGCAAUGUCCCGUCCUAACGUUUCUGUAAAGGAGAAGACUCUAGUCACUAAAGUACUUUUCCAAGGACUACGAGCCACCGGAGUGGAGUAUGUCCAAAAUGGACGCAAAAAGAAGGCAUUUGCUAGCAAAGAAAUAAUACUGAGUGGUGGAGCCAUAAACUCUCCCCAACUUCUCAUGUUAUCUGGAAUUGGCAAUGCCUCGGAGCUCAACAAAUUGGGAAUCCCAGUCAUCGCUCACCUUCCAGGUGUGGGACAGAAUCUUCAGGACCACCUGGAAGUUUACAUUCAGCAGAUGUGCACCAAACCCAUCACUUUAUACAGAGCACAAAAACCUCUAGAAAUGGUGAAGAUCGGCCUAGAAUGGAUGUGGAAGUUCACAGGAGACGGAGCAACAGCGCACUUGGAGACUGGUGGAUUCAUUCGAAGUGCUCCUGGCGUGGAACAUCCUGACAUCCAGUUCCACUUCCUCCCAUCUCAGGUCAUAGACCACGGGCGCGUGAGCCCCAAAAUAGAGGCUUACCAGGUACACGUUGGAACUAUGAGGGAAACCAGCGUGGGGAAUCUGAAACUUAGCAGUACUGACCCACGAGAUCAUCCCAUUAUCAAUCCAAACUACCUUUCUACUGAAAAGGACAUUGCAGAUUUCCGGGAGUGCGUGAAGUUGUCCAGAGAGAUCUUUGCUCAGAAAGCGUUUGAUGAAUUCCGGGGCGCCGAAGUCCUGCCUGGCUCCAGUGUCCAGACAAAUGAAGAGAUUGACGCUUUCAUUAGACAGAAGGCCGACACCGCCUAUCACCCAUCCUGCACCUGUAAAAUGGGGCAGCCAACUGACACAAGUGCGGUUGUUGACCCAGAGACAAAGGUAAUAGGUGUGGAAAAUUUACGAGUGGUGGAUGCCUCUAUCAUGCCCAGUAUUGUAAGUGGGAAUUUAAACGCGCCAACAAUUAUGUUGGCAGAAAAGGCAGCUGAUAUCAUUCAGAGGAUACCGCCUCUUGUGGAGAGAGAUGUACGCGUGUACAGACCUCAAACCCUGGAGACUCAGCGAUAGGUAAAAGUCGUCUUCAUAAUUGAAUUACAUUUAGAUUGCUAUAUAUAGCAUUGUGUAUCAAACAAUUGUAUUUUUUUUUAAUUGUAGAAAAUGCUUUUUUUAAUACUUUGUUGCCGAUUUCAUGCACCCCAGUAAUGACUGCGUGCCGUUUCUUGGGUCUGCUUUACUGAUUGUGACAAUAGCGGACAAUGUCUAAAGCCUAGUACACACAGGCUGAAUGUUGGGUGGCAUUGGUCAGUUCAGUAGAAUUCGGCUGACAUUCGGUUAGUCCGGCACUUACCCCAUCGUGGCCGGUGGCAGGCAGCAUGGUGAAGUGGCUCGGCUCCUCCUAGGCAUCCAAAGGGAUCGCCUGUCCUUUUAGCCAAUUGGGUGACCGGUGUCAAAACCUGCUUCCUGGUUGGCUGGGAAGAGGGUCAGUGUUACAACAGCACAUAUUCAUUCACUAUUGUAACACACCUGGGUGGGAUCGGAGCACACUCUCUGCAACCCAACCCCACCAUAUAUUAAAGCCUAUUAGAGACUCUGGCUCUAAUCGGUGCUUCAAAAAAAAAUAGCAGCCCCCCCCGCAUUGGAAUCUUUGCGCCGGUAUCCUGAAAGGGGUCGGACGCAUGGAUAGGAGUAGGGGUGAUGCCCAUGCACCCUUAAUGGACAGGCCACCCCUGAUGGAUACCCAAAACUAAAAUCUAAUCGGGAGCAGAUACAGUAUUGAAACCUGACAGAUGUUCUAACUCUUCUCAGUUCUAUCCUUUGGGGCUUGUUCACAGCAGGUGCAGUGGGAUUGUUCUGUGCAACCUCCCCCAAGACAAUGCCACAGCAGACAGCAAAAUGUCUUGUCUUCAAUCAGGCCAGCGGUGGCGUACACUGAAAAGAAAAACAUAAUUCAGUACUUCUUUCAGUGCAAUGGGGCGCAACACAAUCCACUGUAUCACACUGCCCUGCGGCCAAUAGAACUUUUUGAAAUGUCAAAAGGAAACGGCACAAUGCCUGGGGAUCAGUGCAUCAACACUGCUUUCGUCCUACCGUGUACCAGCAGCUAACGUAUGUUCUAGCGCAGCUUUGGCUUGAUGAAAAUUA